CGCUCAAAAUCUGACAGUUCAAAGUGUUUUCAAAUUUUUCUUCAAACAAAUAAAACUAUUUUUCUUGUCCACUCUUGCAAAAAAAUAAAUAAAAUUUUUUGCAAAACCUCCUAAAAACAAUGGACGAUCCAGUAUUUAAACAAAAAUACCAAAAAUACAAACUUCGCGUUAAAUUAUGGGAAAAAGACUUUAAAAAGAAAUACAAUCGAAUUCCUUCAAAGUAUGAUAUUCGUGAUGCAUCAAAAGACAUACGUGAUUCUUACAAAAUGUACUACAAAUUAAAAACCUCAUUUCUCGAAGACACUCUAAAUGAUGUCCUCUUUGAAGAUGGUUUCGAUAUCCUCGAAACCUCUCAAGGUGACAACGAUGAAAGCAUGCAAGAUAGUUUAUCUGGACCACAACUUCCUUUAGAUAUAUCAAAUAUUUCCAAUAUGGAUUCGUCAAUAAACUUUUCCAAUUUAAAUGAACUCACUUCGUCCACUCAAAUCACAAAUACUGUCAAUCUAAAUGAAGAUCAUGUCAUAAAAGAGUUUGAACCCGUUGAAAACAAUGAACACAAUACAAAUGCAUGGGGCAAAGCAGUAAGUAAAAAACCUGCUCCACAAAAAUCCACUAGUCCCAUUCGGCAAGUUUUCAAAUCCAAUUUGACUGCAAAACUUUUUAAAAGCUCUUCAUUUUCAAAAAGAAAUCCUCGCAAGUCUUUAGCCAAACCGAAUAAAGAAUUGUCACAGUCUUCGGUGACAUCUAGUCAAUCAGAGACACAAGAUCCAAUGGAACUUCUUCCUGAUCUUGAGACAAUUCUAACUCAAAGAGCUAAGGAAUUGGCUAAUAAAGAACCGAAUUAUGAUUUUAUGAGUGCUGUGGGUUUGAAAAAGCCCAAAAAUAGUUCGUUACAGUUGGACAUGGGUUGGCUUAGUAGAAAUGUUACAGAUGAUGAGAAUUCCUUUAUGCCGGGGAAUCAAAAAAGGGAACCAAUUGCAAUGGGAUUGAGUAAUUUGAAUAAUAUUUCUCAUUUAAUAGCUAACGAAGACAAACAGGAAUCAACUAUUGUUGAUAGUCCGAUGGCGAUUCCCGAACCCACUGAAGUUAACCCAAAACCCGAUAAUAGUCCAUUGCCAAUAACUGAACCUGUUGAAGUUCCCACAAAACCCGUGGAAGAUAAAAAUGAUUCCGACUCUAUCGUGUCUAAUAGCGAAGAUGAAAAAGAGUCUCAAGAAGUUCGUCGGAUAGUCAAACGCAGGCGAGUUCUGACAACAAUCGAUAAAAACCAACAAACGACACCAAUUGCUGUUGAAAAAGAACCUAUCAAACUUCCACCAAUUCGAAUUAUGCCAGAAGACACUUCUAAACUUCCAUCGGAUGAGACAUCCCAAGCAACAGAAGUUAGUCCUGUUGUUGCAAAGAAGCGCAAGCGAAAGGUAAUCGAUACAUCUGAGGACGAUGAGGAGGAUAAGAAACCAAAACGAACUCGCAAAAAAGCUCCAGCAACAAAAAAGAAACUUCCAAAGAAGGAAAAGGAAGCAACCAUAAAGACAAAAGCUAAGAAAGGAGUUCCAAAACCUACAGGUUCACGAAAACCAACCAGAGUCACAAAGAAGCAACAAGAACAGGAGGCCCUUCAAGAAGAAGAAGAUGAAGGAAAAGCCCCAGAUCCAGAAGAUAUAAAGUACACUCUAGCUUUAGAAACUAAAAAUCUACGCUGCUUGCCUAGAGCAAAUGUUGAAGAUCUUAAAAUGGCCAACUCCAUGGCAGAUGAUUACAUUAACAAUAUCACCGACAAAAUAGGGGCAGUCACCAAUAAACCUGAGGCUGCCAAACGUGGUCCAGUAAAUACGAAACGUGAAGCAGAUAGAGAAAAAUUAGCCCAAAAAGUUGCCUCAGGAAAAUUAAAUGAGAACUUUGUUCGAAUUAACAUUCAGAAAAAAGUAUUUGUUCGUGGCAAGAAAACUGUCAAUUUCUCCAAAUACAAAAAGGCCCAAUGGAAACAGAAGAAAGCAGCAGCUUUAAUUGGACCCGAAAUGAAUAUGGGCGGAUGUGAUGGUGGAAUUUUAACUUGUUUUCAAUGUGGCCAGCCAGGACAUUUUGCUCAGCAGUGUAAAGUUAAGGGUGAUACUCUUCUGCCGGCAAGUGUUGAUAUUGAUGAAGAUAGUCCUUAUUUAACUCUGGAAGAGGCAGAAAAAAUGGCCAGUCAGAGUGCGGUGGUUGUGCAUAGUCGGAAUUUGGAUAAGCUUCCACAAGCUACCAAUACACUUCUUUAUAGGCAGGGGGAUGACGAAGAAGAAGAAGAGGAGGAAAAUGAAGAUGAUAAUGAAAAUGAAAAAGAGGAAGAUAUUGUCAGUGAAAUAUGCAAAGAAAUCGAAGCUGAAAGUGAAACUCAAAAACCGUCUGAAAUAUCAUCGCCGACAAAGAAAUACAUAGGACAUUCAAUUCCUCAGGAUUUCCUUGAGAAAGCCGGUCUCCUCAACGCUCCUAAUGUAGUUUCCAAGUCUGGAGCUAUCUACGAACUCAAUCCUGAUGGAUCUGUUCCAGCAGCAACCGAAGAAGUCUAUGAAGCACUUCGAAUGUUUGGUCACACUGAUUUCCGCAAGGGUCAAGAUCGAGCCAUUAUGAGAAUUCUCUCCGGCCAAUCGACUUUGGUCACUCUCAGUACUGGUAGUGGAAAAUCUCUCUGCUAUCAAUUGCCUGCCUACUUAUAUAGCAAAAAGAUGAACUCCAUAACUUUGGUCAUUUCACCAUUGGUUUCGUUAAUGGAGGAUCAAGUACAUGGUGUGCCACAUUUUCUACGAGCCCAUUGUCUACAUACCAAUCAAACGCCACAACAAAGAAUCAAAAUUCUCGAUAUGAUUAAUAAUGGAGAAAUUGAUAUUUUAUUAGUAUCGCCAGAGGCAGUUGUUGCUGGCGAACGUUCAACUGGAUUUGGUUCGAUUUUGAGAAAAUUACCGCCCAUUGCAUUUGCAUGUAUCGAUGAGGCGCAUUGUGUUUCCCAAUGGAGUCAUAAUUUUCGUCCGAGUUAUCUGAUGAUUUGUAAAGUUUUGCAAAAGAAUUUGGGUGUUAAGACUGUUUUGGGAUUGACUGCAACGGCUACAUUACCAACUCGAACGAGUAUAAUUAGACAUUUGGGUAUUCCGGAUGGAGAGAAGGGUAUUAUUAGUGAUGUUCCAUUGCCGGAUAAUUUGAUAUUGUCGGUAUCGAAGGAUGCUAAUAGGGAUACAGCACUGAUUGGACUUCUUUUGAGUAAAAGGUUUGAUUCAUGUCAAUCGAUUAUCAUCUACUGCACUAGACGUGAUGAAUGUGAACGAAUUGCUGGUCAAAUAAGAACAUACAUGCAGGAUAGAAAAGCCGAACCAACAAAUGCGAAGAAACGCAAACGUGUUACUGUUAAUUGGCAGGCAGAACCAUACCACGCAGGUCUACCAGCUUCUCGUCGGCGUACAAUACAAAAUGCAUUUAUGAGAAACGAACUGCGCAUAGUUGUGGCUACAAUUGCCUUUGGCAUGGGUAUCAAUAAACCAGACAUUCGUUCAGUCAUUCAUUACAAUAUGCCAAGAAAUUUCGAGAGCUAUGUACAAGAGAUCGGUCGUGCUGGUCGCGAUGGUAAAAUAUCUCAUUGUCAUUUGUUUUUGGAUUCCAAAGGUGGCGAUCAGAAUGAAUUGCGUCGACAUAUCUUUGCCAAUUCGAUCGAUAGACAUGUGAUACGUAAGCUAUUGCAGAAAUUAUUUAUUCCCUGUUCGUGUGAUAAGAAUUUGAAGAAGAAUGAUUUUGUAAAUGAACAUCGGGAUGAAAUCAUGGCAACUCAAGACAUCGACUGGGAUGAAGAAAUGUUCGACACUGAUGAUAAUCCAAUUAAAGAAUCUCAUUCCAAAUUGAACAGCAAACAAUCACGAAAAAGAAUAUGCCCGGGUCAUGAAAUUGGUAUUUCAAUUGAGAAAACAGUUCAGGCUUUAGAUAUUCCCGAAGAGAACAUAUCAACACUUCUUUGUUAUUUAGAAUUGGACCAUCGGUGGGGUAUAAAUGUGCUGAGUUCAGCUUACAUAAUGUGCAAAGUGGUAUCCUACGGAGGUGCAAAGUAUUUAAAGCAUGCGGCUAAAGACUGUCCCCCAUUGGCAAUGGCCAUAGCAUUACAAUUGAAAAACAAAACCUUCAAAGAGGAUAGCAAUACACUUGAAUUUUCUGUGAUUGAUAUUGCAGCGGCAAUUGGAUGGAAUAGUGGAGUUGUUAAAUAUCAAUUAAAAAAUCUAGAAUGGAUUACACAAAAUGGUUAUCCAAAAAGAUCACCAUUGACAGUGACAUAUUUUGAUUUAGGAUUCAGAGUCCAAUCGCCUGGAGAUUUUACAUUAGAUGAAAUCGAUGAAGCUCUUGAUUGUCUUUAUGAACGUUCAGUGAAACAAGAACAUACACAAUUAAUUCAGCUUCAAUACGUAUUUCAAGGACUUUCUUCGGUUUCUUAUAAAUCUUACAUACCCUGUACAACUGAAGAUUUCCCACAAGCAAAUUCCGAUAAAUUAAAACUAAUUGUUCGAGAGUAUUUCCAAAAUGAUUAUCCAAAAGAUCUUGUUCUCGACAUUGAGGAAUCCAAUGUAACUGAUGAUGAAAUAACUGGUGACAUUUAUUCAAUAAUAAAUAUGUAUCCUGAUAAUACAUUUUCUGGAAGAAAUAUUGCACGAAUCUUUCAUGGUAUACAAAGUCCUAAUUUCCCAGCUGUUAUAUGGGGACGUUGUAGAUAUUGGAGAGCCCAUUCAAAAACAGACUUCAAUAGAAUUGUUAAGUUAGCUAAUUCAAUAAUUGUUAAGAUGAGAACUUAGUUUUUUUUUUAAAUUUAGUAUUUAUGUUGUUAGUGUAAAAAUGUUAUAAUGUGAUUAAAAAAAAUAUG